CUGCCGGGUUGCGCGCUUUUAUAAAAUACAUGAUCACUAAUACAUGACGUAACGCGUCUUCUGGUCUUAUUCCGUCUGUAUUUUCCAGUAGCCAUUUUGUUUUCAUCAAAGGGCUGAAACAGCAAAAAACCUACAAUGCCUGAAGCUAUCAAGUCUGUCAACGACCUGAAAACUGCACCUUAUGACCCAAGGUUUCCCAAUCAGAACCAGACCAGGUAUUGCUGGCAGAGCUAUGUGGACUUCCACCGCUGUCAGAAGGCACGUGGUGAGGACUAUGAACCUUGCCAAUAUUUCAAGAAAGUUUUCACUUCCAUUUGUCCAAUCGCCUGGGUAGAUCAGUGGAAUACACAAUUGGAAGAGGGAAAGUUUCCUGGUAAUUUGUAAAAUGUUAUGAGGGAUUGGAUAGACGUCAUGCCGGUAUAUCUCUGGCUUACCGCCUUACCAUCGUUAGUGAAUGCAUAACUAUUAUUACUGUAAACACGACAGGAUUCAAAAUAUUACAUGCAAUUCCUGUUUUGUUUGUAACAUAAUAUCGAUAAUAAAUUAAAAAAUAUCAUCUUC